CUAUUCACAUAAAGAGCUGGAGUUGGGACAGAUGAAUGCUUAGAGGGAAGCAUUCAACAUAAAACGCAAUGUCUAAGGGCAGGAGGAAGACUAUAAUGUUGCUGGAACAAGGAGGCUGGAGAAGAAGGAUGCUGCUGCUGUUGUGUGUUGCCUUGGAGCUCAUGACUGCUCACUCGUCUAUGGUCCUGGGGACUCUGGAACUGCAGCUGGAUGAGGAGCAGCCUGCAGGUACCAUUGUAGGUGACAUCAGUGCUGGGCUACCGCCUGGAGUCACAGCCUCCCUGUACUUCAUUUCUGACCAUGAAGGCACAGGUGUGGGCAGUGACCUCCACAUUGACGAAACGACUGGCAUCAUCACGACUGCUAAAGUCCUGGAUCGUGAAGCACGUGACCGCUACAGCUUCAUUGCUGUCACAAUGACUGGCAUAACAGUGGAGGUAACAAUUACUGUGAAUGACAUCAAUGACCAUGCUCCCACCUUCCCCAAACAAAGAGCCACCUUCAAAAUCCCAGAGCAGACAGCCAUUGGGACAAAGUUUCCCCUGGAACCAGCUACAGAUGCAGAUAAAGACCAACUCACCACACAGGGUUAUCUUAUUAAAGAUGGAAAUGUGGGACAGGCAUUCCUCCUUCAGUCCAAGAGAGGCAGCAACAAUGUCCUUUCUCUGGAUUUGGUGGUCAAUGCCAUCUUGGAUAGGGAGAAAAGGUCAUCUUACACCUUGCUUCUGGAAGCCUUCGAUGGAGGUUCUCCUAAGAGGAUUGGUCAGAUGAUCCUCGAUGUGAUUGUGCAGGACGUCAAUGACAAUGCCCCCAUAUUCAACCAAAGCCGCUACCACACCAUCAUCUCUGAGAAUACGCAGCCAGGCAGCAACAUCCUGCAGGUGUUUGCCUCAGAUGCAGAUGAGGGUGACAAUGGCCUGGUGCUGUAUGAGAUCAACAGGCGGCAAAGCGAUGCCGACCGCUACUUCUCCAUCGACCCCCACACAGGUAUAAUCACCCUCAGCAAGCCCUUGGACUAUGAGAUGAGGCGAGUGCAUGAGCUGGUUGUGCAGGCGCGGGACAAUGCCAGCCAUCCAGAGGUCUCCAAUGCUUUUGUCACAGUCCACGUACGUGACUACAAUGACAACCAGCCCACAAUGACCAUAAUCUUCCUCAGUGAGGAUGGCUCACCUCAGAUUUCAGAAGGGGCGCAGCCAGGCCAGUUCGUGGCCCGCAUUUCUGUAACGGACCCAGACUAUGGCGAGUACUCCAAUGUCAACGUUUCCCUUGAGGGUGGGGAUGGAAAGUUUGCCCUGACCACCAAAGACAACAUCAUCUACCUUAUCUGUGUGGAUAAGAUUUUGGACCGGGAGGAGAGGGAUUCUUAUGAGCUGCGGGUUAUGGCUACGGAUUCAGGCACACCACCCCUCCGGGCUGAAUCCUCCUUCACUAUCCAAGUCACCGACAUCAAUGAUAACCCGCCACUCUUUGACCAGCCAGUUUACACUCAGGCCAUCCCAGAAGUUGUCUUUCCUGGAAGUUUUGUGCUGCAGGUCACUGCAAGGGACAAAGACCAAGGUCCAAAUGGGGAUGUCCAGUACAGCAUUCUCCAGGGCUAUGGGACUCACUCUGACUGGUUCACCAUCGACUCAACAACUGGCAUAAUCACCACGGCAACACAGCUGGAUUAUGAGACUGACCCCAAGCCUAGCCUGAUAGUGGUUGCUCGGGACGCGGGGCGCCCCCCCUUGUCUUCUACAGCUGUGGUUAACAUCAAAUUACAGGAUAUAAAUGACAAUGAGCCAGUUUUCGCAAAAAGCUUCUACGAAGUGUCCAUCAAGGAGAAUACCCCUGCAGGAACCUGCUUCCUGACGGUGACAGCAACAGAUGCUGACAGUGGCUCUUUUGGCUCCAUAUCCUACUCCAUCGGGACAGGCAUCGGCAGCACUGUGCCCACCCAGUUCGCCGUUGGCAAGGAGACGGGCCAAAUCUGCGCUACCGUAGCCCUGGACCGUGACAAAGGCCCCCCGACCUACGACUUCACCAUCGCUGCUGUGGACGGGGGCGGUCUAAACUCCAUGGCCUAUGUGAAAGUGUCCCUGGUGGACGUCAAUGACAACCGGCCAACGUUCUACCCAGUCCAAUACGCUGUUAGCCUGAGCACACAGAGCGCGCCCGGCACAUCCGUUGUCCGGGUGACGGCCCAUGACCCUGAUGCUGGCGACAACGGCAGAGUGACAUACCGCACUGUCCCAGGGUGGGGUUCCAGCUACUUCACUCUCAACAAGGACACAGGCGUCAUCUCCCUGUCACGUUCCCUCCAUGGGAAGGCCAACACUGUCAUCCCCAUGGUGAUCGCUGCGCAGGAUGGAGGUGGCCUCACCGCACCUGUGAACGCGCAGGUGAACAUCAGCGUGGUGGCUGGUUUGGUGGCACCCCCCGUGUUUGAGCAGACACUGUACCUGUUCACCGUGUCUGAGGAUGCACUGCGGGGGACCCAAGUCGGGGUGGUGCGAGCGAGCAGCCGGGCAGGGGCCUCCAAGGACGUGUUCUACACCAUCUGCUCUGGGGACCCGGAUGGCUACUUCACUGUAGAUCCGGAGACAGGUGUUCUGCGCACGAGCCGGCCGCUGGACCAUGAGGCGUGGCCCUCUCUAGAGCUGGAGGUUCAGGCCCGCAGUGGCUCGCCUCCGGCCUUUGGACAGACACGAGUGCGCAUCACUGUGGCUGAUGUCAAUGACAAUGCGCCCACUUUCCUGCCCUCAUCCUCCGAGUCACUUUUGCUGCCUGAAGCCACUGCCCUGGGUGCAGUGGUGUAUCGGGUACGGGCUGAGGACCCAGACUCUGGCCCAAAUGGGCGGCUGAGCUUCGACCUGGCAUUGGUGAGCGGCACUCAGCGCACCUUCAGCGUGGACCGGACCAGUGGUGAGAUUCGUCUGGUCGGGGUGCUUUCAUACGAAAUGGCACCGCGUCAUGACCUGCUCAUAACAGCACGGGACAGCGGAGCGCCCCAGCUCAGUGCGACCUUCACGCUGGUGGUGCACGUGCAGGCCGAGGAUGACCAGGGCCCUACUUUCGACACGCUCACCUACCGCGUGGAGCUAAGGGAGGGCACACCCGUGAAUACGUGCUUCCUGCAGGUGCGGGCGCUGCAUCGUGAAGCUGGUGGGACAGGAGGCAACGCUGCCUCGGGUCCGCUGGCCUACCAUCUGCGCCCCGAUGGCGAUGCUGCUGGCUUUGGUAUUGCAGCUGACAGCGGCUGGCUCUUUGUGAAGACAGCGUUGGACCGUGAGGCCAAGGACUUGUACCUACUGACGGUGCUGGCCACCUCAGGCAGCGGGCAGCUGAAGAAGACAGGCAGUGCAACAGUACGGGUCUCGGUGACGGACGAGAACGACAACGCCCCGCGACUGGCGCAGGAGCUGGCUUUCUUGGCGGUGCGGGAGAACCUGCCGGCCGGGACAGGCUUCGGCAGGGUACUGGCCUCCGACCGCGAUGCGGGCCAAAACAGCCGCCUCACCUACCGCUUCCUGCACGCGGACCGAAACUUCCAGAUCAGCUCCCAGACUGGAGAGAUCACCACCAGGACAGCAUUGGACCGUGAGCACCAGUCCAGCUAUCAGCUCAUGGUAGUGGUUCAGGACGGAGGCACGCCCCCCCGGAGUGCUACAGGCACUAUUCACAUCACCGUGCUGGACGAUAACGACAACGCCCCCUCAUUCUCUCACGCUCAGGCUGGAAGAGAACUGGUCAUGCAGGUGACAGAGGAGCAGCCCCCUGGCUCUCUACUGGGAAUAGUACAGGCAAAGGAUCCCGAUGAGGGAGAGAACGGGACCGUCUUCUUCUCUCUUUCGGGGCCAAGAGCAGAGCGCUUCUCCCUCAACCCCAACACGGGAGAGCUGCGCACAUCCUCUCCCCUGAGCCACGCAGAGCGGGCUGAGUAUGUCUUCACCGUGACAGCCACGGACCGGGGACUUCCCCCACGCAGCUCCUCCAGCAGCCUGCUCAUACAGGUUCUCAGCCAUAGCAAGAUUGCCACCAAAACCAACUCCCUAUCAAUGACCCUUAACUCUAUGGAAGGUGUUAAACCUGGGUCUCUGGUUGGCUCCAUUCGGUCACAUGACCAGCAGCAUGUGCCUGAAGCAGGUCAGGUGACCUACACGGUGGUGGGUGGCACGGACCGAGAUGGGACAUUUGUGGUGGAUCGUUUGACCGGUGAUGUGUACCUGGCCCAGGAGCUGGAUUAUGAGCGGGGCUCCCACUACACGCUGGAGGUGGAGGUGGAUGAUUUCUCCCAAGCCUGCCCUAGUAGUCACCUGGUCCGGUUGGACAUCGAUGUGGAGGACAGCAACGACCAUACGCCCCUCUUCCCGCAGGACCCCAUAACCAUUGUUGUUCCUGAGAGUACAGAGGCUGGCUCGCAUGUCUAUACCUUCCAGGCUUCAGACGGGGAUGGUAGUGGGCCCAAUAGUGAGGUGCGCUACAGCAUUGAGCACCGCUGGCCUGACAGCACUGGCCUCCUGUCCCUGGACCCCGUCAGUGGCGUACUGUUCCUGGAGCAGCAGCUGGACCAUGAGACCACAUCCUCCCUGUACCUGGUGGUCCGGGCCACUGACUUGGCCCUCAACGACAGCCAGCGGCGCUGGGGCUCUGUGACUGCCCGCAUCUUUGUGACAGAUGAAAAUGAUAAUGGACCGGUGUUCAGCUCACCACCAGCCGUCAGCGUGAUGGAGGAUCAGCCGGUGGGUUUUGUGGUGCUCUACGUUAUGGCCCGUGACGCGGACAAGGGAGAGAACGGUCGGGUGUCCUACCGCAUCCUUGCGGGUGACGAUGGAGGGAAGUUCAGCCUGAAUCCCAACACUGGUUCUCUGUCCAUCCUAAAGCCGAUUGACUGUGAGGAGCAAGCCUUGUACAACCUGACCAUUAUCGCUGAGGAUCAUGGGACACCCCAGCACUCCACUGUUCAGCUCCUGUCUGUCCACGUUAUCGAUGUCAAUGAUGAAGUCCCAUUCUUCACAGAGAAUGAGUAUGAGGCCCAAGUCUUGGAGAACCAACAGCCUGGGUCCAGUGUGCUGAUGGUGUCGGCUUCCGACAAGGACCAAGGGACCAAUGGCUUUGUGACUUACGGAGGUCUCUUGGAGGAAGGUUUCGCCAUCGACUCGGAAAAGGGUGUCAUAUCAGUUACCAGGGUUCUGGACAGAGAGGUCCAGGAGCACUACAUCAUGACAGUGUACGCCAAGGAUGGCGGCAUGCCUCCUAACUUCGCAAAGGCCACUGUGAGGAUUACAGUCCUGGACCAGAAUGACAAUAGACCUGCCUUUACUGCACCCCUGUACCACCUGGAGGUGCCGGAGAACCUGGAGCCCGUGGAAUUAUUCACUCUGAGGGCCACAGACCAGGACUUUGGGGUCAGCGGGGAGGUGGAGUACAGGAUCAUAGCUGGAGACCCUGACGGGGACUUCCAUCUGGACAGCCGUUCGGGGGUGCUCGCCACUUCCAGACCCCUGGACCAGGAAAGCAGGUCCAAGUAUAUGCUGACGGUUGUGGCCCAAGACCAUGGGAGUCCCUCCCUCAGCGGCACUGCGACCGUGGAGGUCACCAUCCUGGACGUCAAUGACAACAGCCCAAAGUUUGAGCAGAGCAGCUACACAGUGGAGAUCCCAGAGGACGCAUCCGUAGGGUCCCUUGUGUUGGAGGUGACAGCCACCGAUGAGGACCAGGGCUCCAAUAGCAAGGUUCUGUACUUCCUUAGAGGGGCCCCACAGGGGAUGUUCCAGGUGGACCAGGACACAGGUCAGAUCACGACAGCGAUGCUACUUGACAGAGAGAGGUGGGAUUCCUACAGCUUCCUGGUGUGCGCUGCUGAUCUGUCCCCUGCUAGCCCCCGAAACACCACAGCCCAGGUGACCGUUAUCAUCCUGGAUGUGAACGACAACGCGCCCUUCUUUGUCCAGGACCCACUCGUGGUCAAUGUCUCCAGCUUUAGCCUUUCCAGCCACCAGGUAGUGGCCACCAUGAGGGCUGAGGACAAGGACUUUGGUGCCAAUGGGUCAGUGUUCUACCGCUUUGCCAACCCAGUAAAAGGCUUCACCAUCAACUCAUUGACCGGGGCCAUCCAGGUGACAGAGAGCCUGCAGACCCUGACCCAGAGUCAGCACACUCUGAUCGUGCAGGCGGUGGACCAGGGCAGCCCCUCCCAGUCUUCCCUUGGCGUGGUCAUCAUCUACAUCAAGGAGCAGGAGUACAAGGGGAUCCGCUUCUCCCGUAAUGCCAGGGAUGUCAGUAUCCAGGAAAACGCAGCCAAAGGUACGGCCGUUGUACAGGUCCAAGCCCAGCACCCCGACGGCUCCCGUAGGGGCAUUACCUACAGCCUCUUUAGUGGCAACCGGCAGCACUCCUUCAGCAUAAGUCCCACUUCAGGUGAGAUAUUUGUCCAAAGUUCUGCCGCUUUGGACUUUGAGGAGAACCCCAGGCUCCGCCUUGUGGUGAAGGCUGAAAGUGCUUCUUCCAGUUCCUUCAUGGCCGUAAACCUGAUCCUGCAGGACGUCAACGACAACAAGCCUCGCUUUCAGCUGCAGAACUACGUGGCAUACAUUCAGGAGGCGCAGGGAUAUGAUUUCCCCAUCAUCCAGGUUCUAGCUGAUGACCUUGAUCAAGGUCAGAAUGGUCAGGUGACCUACUCCCUCAAGUCGUCUUCCAUGAGUGGCCUUUUCAGGAUCGACCCUUUGACUGGGAGCAUCAGCACAUCCGCCAUCAUGGACAGAGAAAUCUGGACACAGACGAAGCUCGUUGUCACGGCAACGGACCGAGGCAGUCCCCGGCUGGCUGGAUCCGCCACUCUCACCGUGAUCAUCGUUGAUGUCAAUGAUAAUAGUCCCACAAUCCCUCUGCCUCGUGAAGUCCGCGUGCCGGAGAACACCAUGAUUGGCACAGAGAUCACGCAGGUGACGGGGAACGAUGUGGAUUCUGGUCCCCCCUUGUCUUACACCUUGCAGCUGGAUUCUCACUCCCUGGGCAAGUUUGGGAUCCACAGGUAUGGUGGGGGGGUUUCCCUCACUGCUCCCCUGGAUUUUGAGGAGAGGACCUGGUACACUUUGACCAUCCGGUCUUCGGACUCCCGACAUCAGAGCGAAGCCAACCUGACAGUACUAGUGGAGGAUGUGAAUGACAAUGCGCCGGUCUUUACCCAGGAUCUCUACCAGGUAACCUUGCCUGAGCAUUCCCCACCAGGCACCCCAGUCAUCACAGUAACUGCCACAGACAGGGACGCAGGGAAGAAUGGAAAGGUCACAUACAGAGUGAUGUCAUCAACCCUACAUGGCUUUUCUAUCGACCCAAGCAAUGGCACACUGUUUAUUAACGAGAGGAUAGAAUUUGACUCGGACCACCCUUCCAUCAGUGUGCUGAUUGAGGCAAAGGAUGGGGGCACUCCAGCACUGACUUCCAUCACCACCGUCCUCAUACACUUGUUGGAUGUAAACGACCACACGCCUGCUUUCCACCAGUCUGAGUACAAGGCCACCGUGUCAGAGGAUGGCCUCCCAGGAGCCACCAUUCUCACUCUGGAGGCAAUAGAUGGGGAUCUGUCACGGGAAAACUGUGGCUUCGACUUUGCUAUCGCCAGUGGCAAUAUGGGGAAUGCCUUCCAGAUCGAGAGCAGCGUGCGUUACCUGGAGGGCCGGGGAUUCCAGACGGUAGGCACGCUCAUCCUUGUAGAGCAGCUGGACUUUGAGGCCGCACACCACUACAAUCUUACCAUCGUAGUGUCAGACCGGGGAGUGCCGCAGAGAAGCUCCAGCGUGCUGGCUAUUGUCACCGUCACUGACGCUAACGACAACGCACCAGUCUUUAACCGUGCAGAGUACAGCGUGGUGCUGAGUGAGGGGGCAGCUACAGGCACAGAGCUUCUGCGUCUCUUGGCUACUGACCCUGACUCUGCACUGAACGCCAAAGUCCAAUACACAAUUAGCUCUGGGGAUGAAAUGGACCUUUUUUCUAUCGAUCAGUGGACAGGAGCUUUACGUCUGCAGAGAUCCCUUGACCGGGAGAGGAAGUCUUCCCAUGUGGUCAUCAUCCAGGCCUCUGAUGGCAACGGUCACUACACGUUGGCCCCUGUCACUGUAGAAGUGAAGGACAUCAAUGACAACAGACCUUUUUUCCCCCUGAAAACUCUGACUGUAAGCAUUCGUGAAAAUCUGCCACCAAAUGUUUUUGUAACCAUGCUUCAUGCUAUUGACUAUGACACUGGCAUCUAUGGCCAGUUAAAGUACUACAUGGUGGACAAAUAUGGAGAGGGCAGAGAUUCCUUCGUGGUUAAUCAGACUUCAGGUGAAGUGCACACCCGCUUAACCUUUGACUAUGAGAAAGUGAAUUCCUUUAACUUUGUGGCUCUUGCUAUGGAUCCAGGAAACUACUCUGCAACAGUCACAGUGCAGAUUUACAUUACUGGCGAAGAUGAGUAUGACCCAGUCUUCGCGUCAUCCGACUUCUUCUUUGAGGUACCGGAGGGAGCCAAGCAGGGGCAGAGCAUUGGACAAGUGCAUGCCAGAGAUGAGGACGGAGGCUUGGAUGGCAUUGUACUGUAUUCCUUCCCAAGCAGCUCACCUUACUUUGAGAUCAACAAAACCACGGGGGUAGUUUUCCUGAAACUGGACAGCUCAAACAGACACAUCGUAGGAGGGCGAUCAAAGAGAGAGGUUCGGCAGAUGACACUAGAUGUGACAGCCCACAGCCCCCUCGAGACCUCCCGUGUGGCUAAAGCCCAAGUGACCAUCGAUGUUACUCGCACCUCUUUCGGUCUGGCACCUGAUGUUAAUUUACUGCUCAUAAGUGUCAUAGCAGCUUCUCUGGGAGUCAUUGUUAUGUUAAUUAUCAUUGCCAUCACUUUAUUCCUGUUGAGAUCCAGACGUAAGCGUAAGGAGCAAGAUGCCCGCAAUAGGACAGGGUCAUCUGGCACAGUCAUGCAGAAGCUUGAUGAAUCCAGGGUGAUUGCAGGUGAGAGGAUCUACCACCAGACCUUGCCUGGAUAUACUAGUGAUCAGGGUAGUACAGGAGGAGUGCCAUACCCUCGGGGAGGGUCUCUGGACCCGUCCCACUCCAGUGGGCGGGGCUCAGCUGAGGCAGAGGCCGCAGAGGACGAUGAGAUCCGAAUGAUUAACGAGUAUCCACGCGUUUCCAGCAUCUCGUCCUCCAUGCAGGAGCACAUCUCUGCCCGGGGUCCUGACUCUGGGAUCCAACAAGAUGCCGACCAGCUGUCAGACAUCUCCUGCGAGCCGGUGAUGGAGACAAGCCAGUGGUUCAAAGGGAAGAAACUGGGAAGUCUCGCUGGUACCUUGCUGUCUACACAACACCCUAUGUACAGGGAUGAAGGCGGAGGCUACCUUAGUGUUGGAAGGGGUCUCAACCUCUCACAUCCAAAAGACUAUGCAUUCCCUGAAGAUGGGAAGCCCUCUGUGGAUGGUUCCCUUACCGCCAUUGUGGCCAGUGAUGAAGAGCUGCGGGGCAGCUAUAACUGGGACUAUCUGCUCAACUGGUGCCCACAGUUUCAGCCCUUGGCCAGUGUCUUCACCGAGAUAGCCCGGCUAAAGGAUGAGAAUGCUCCUCCCAACCCCCGCAGGCCCUUCCAGCCCAAAUCAAAGACAGAUCCCAAACCCAGAAUUGACCCCCCACCCCUCAUUACCUCAGUAGCCCACCCAGGCGCCAAAACUGUGCCCCCAAAGCCUGCCAUAGGACGGACGUUCCCUCACCUGCUGUCACUCCGGCGGUCGCCCAUUAGCAAUGAGGGCUCCAUCUCCUCGGCUGCCAUGUCGCCAAGCUUCUCUCCCUCACUUUCACCACUUGCGGCCUGCUCACCUGCCGUAUCUCCCUUUGGGGUGACCCAGGGGCCCUCGGCCUCCAUGAUCAGCACAGCAGAGCAUUCGCUAGAUCAAGCUGAGGAGGCCGAGAUGAGGAUUUGACUCCAGCCCUCUGAGGAUAAAGGGCACCACAGUACAGGUUCUUGAAAACUCUGGGGUGUUUUGAAACACUCCCCAUUCACUCCACCUCAGUAUUUGUGUUAUGUUGUUUGGUCUCCCUGGCUGGCCAGAGAGUUGAGUAUCUGGAGUUGCUGGAGUUGCUUAAGUUGAGCAUUUUUGACUCUAACUUUUCGUUAUUGCAUUGGGUUCGUGUGGUCACUCUUCAUCAGUAAUCUCCACACACAAUCGUAGCAGUGUUUGAAGACAUCAGGAGCCACCAAGCGUUUACACAUACAAACAGAGAGCCAAGAUUGUGGUCACAGUGUUGUAAGACACUUUUUUUGCUUGUUUUUUUGGACAGAAAAUAUUGAUCAGGCCAAGAGAUUGCCAUUUCAUUUGGUUAUACAUGUAUAUUUGUAUGUAUGAAGAGUAUGUUUGUUUGAACUGGUUCAACAGUCAUGUUGUAUGUGUUGAAUGUUGAGAUUUCUUGACAUGUGCGUGAUUGGGUACAUGUGUUUUGGUGUAUAUUUAUAAAAACAGAAAUAGUGCUCACUAGAAAAAACAGAUAUGAAUUCAGCGUUCGGUGUGCUGCAACAUUUGAUUUAUGUCUCACGUAAAGUGUCAAGUAAGCUACAUUUAAGGCUCUUGGACUGAAAUGAAGACAAAUGGCUGCCGUUGGAAGCGAGGAACCUUGCGGGAGAGACGUCUUCCUCUUGGAUCCCUGCGAAAUGAGGACUUGUCAAGGAUUUCCCACAAGAAAAUGAGUGAAACACAGUCCUUAUACAAGCCUAAAUAUGGGCUGCUCACCUACAAGUAAAAUUGAGAGAACUUUACCGAAGAUGGCGUGACCAUCAUCACCGAUAAUUAAGCCGCAGCAAACAAAUUGAGUUCAUAUGUCUCGUUACCUUUAUGGAAGUACAGUCCCAAAGGACAAUUGUAGAAUUUAUAAACGGAUUAGGAACCCUUUCGAUUUAGUAAACCCUUGCUGUUUUGUGUGUAAUGUCCUUUCUUUCAGUGACAGAGUUGAAUUUCUCCCAUCAACCAGUAGCCACUGGUACUGCUGUUCAGUUUCAGGCCCACCAUGGAACGGCCGAGCGCUCUAAUUAAUCUCCGCCAAACUGAGUAGCAGUUGAUGGCAGCUAAUAUCUGUAAGAAAGCAAGGAAAUACAUGUCUCGGAAUGCAAAACAAACUCAGAUCAGAGUAAACACAACUAUGUUGUACAGAUAAACUGGAAGAACGAAAAAACUAUUCCUCCUCAAGGUUUUCGAGUUACAUAUGUACAUAUAGUUAUCACUAUGUACAGUUUCUUUUUCUAUGAAGAAUCACUGAGCUGAACAGAAGACAACUGAAUAAAACUUAGCUUUCACUGGUAAUCUGGGAGUUAGGCAAGGGAAACACUUAGAAGAAUGUAUAUAUUUUUGACGUAGCUCAGCGAUUGAAGGGUAUUUGUUUUAUCGUUUGGAUUACAGGUUUGUUUACAUGACUUUGAUGGACUUGACAUACGUUUGGUGGUCUUUUUUCACAAAGGAAGAAUAGGAUUUCUUUGAAGUUCAGACUUUUUCAAAAUUCCACAGAAAUUUGUGGGAUAGUGAAGAUUUUCAAAAUGACGACACUUUAAAAGGACAAAACUGACCAAUGCAGAGAAAACAAUAAAAUGCAAACAAUGGAUUCAGAUUUUGUUUAUUACAUGACUCUGCAUUCUCAUGACUCCCUUGUUCAAGUGCCAACAUUUGGCUUGUUUUUUCUUCUUGCUCUGGUGUUUUAUAUUCACGUUUAAACCCUUUUUGUGGUUAAAUUACCUGUUGGCAUUGUCAGUGGCAUCUCUUCCAUUUGCAGUACAUACUUGCUCAACGCUGUGGUACCUGUGGAAGUCCAGCCUCAACCUUGCUGCUAUUGCUGUGGUCUUCAGAAACUUUGUGAAGACAUAGUUAAAACAAGUGGAGCAAAUCCAAAUAAAUUCCAGAACAGUGGUGGUGGGGGGCUGGUCUGGAUCAAAAUUACACUUUCCACCCAGCAUCAGCCAGCUGGUCUACCUCCCAUGAAGAAGCAGGUUUGGCUUUGAACCAAGGGCCGCUUGUGCAUGGUCCUAGUCCAGUUUUGGGCUCUGUUUGCAUUGUAAUGAGCGGUGUUUACUCAGCAGUGUUUGUGUGCAUGCCCAUCUCUAAUACAUGCUGCUGCAUUCUGGAAAAUGCAUAUAUGUGUAGGCAUUCCAACUGAUGGUUGUACGAUCCUGUGGUCGCACGGUGGUCCUGACACUGUGGAUCUUCUGGUUUUUCUGUUCCGCAAUAUCAUUAUGUUGUUUUAAGAUAUCUCAGGCUCCCAAGCACUGAUCAAACUACAGUCAGAUCAGGAGAACAAGCAUAAGGCCUCUGGCAGCCUGCAUGUAAGGCCCCAGUGUAAGAUUGUAUUCAUAAGUGCGCAAGCAUUUGCCACGGAGGCAAGUCUGGAAAUUCAAUUUUCCCUUCAUUUGUCAGUGAAACGAGUUGCUCCUUGACAAUUUCAGAAUCCACUUUCUCAUUUCUAAUUGUUAACAUGUUGGCAGGAAUUUUUUUCUACCUUGGCGCAGCGGUUUUCGGACCGAAGUUUCACUGCCUCCCAGUUGUGCAACCAUGAGAAAAUAUGUCAUGCUUAAAAAGCAGCAAUCAACGAUAUGCCAUGCAGUUCCAUUUAAGGUUUGAACAUGAUCACAUUCAUGUUGUGGAGUGAUUUAUGUGAGUUACAAAUUCAGUGAGCAGUGGUGCCUUAUUAUAGGUUCCCCUAAGAUUCUGAAAUAGCCCUGUAAAUAAUUUAACUGCAAAUUUGAUAUAAUUCUGCAUUUUAUUCUUUUUAACCUCCAAGGCUCAGUAGAUUUUACAGUUUACACUCAUGCUAACAACAAAAUAAGCCAUUAUUUACUCAGCUGACACCCAUUUUGAGAAGUAGGGACUUCACCAUACUCAAGGGCACCAAACUGAAUUUAGACCAGAUUUUGGUCACUUACACUAGUUCUUUCAGUGACACCUGCCUUUUUAUUUAUAAAUACUUCCAUUUCUUACAGGUUUAUUGCAAAACAUAAAUCACAUAAGCCGUGUCUGUACGCUUAUCAUUAAUCUGCAUUUUAAAUAUUGUAGUAGUCCAGUAAAUACCAGUGUUAUUUUACCAUAUUCCUUUUUAAUGCAGCUGGCAUAAAAUCAGAAUUGUCUAAACCUGAUUUAUAUAGUUUCCUCAAACCUUUGUUUUAGACAUUGACAUUGCUAUAUUGACAUCUUGCCAAGUGCCUAAUGUAAAAAAUGACGAAAUGUGGGUAAUGUGCGUUAUAAUCACACAGGAUUACAUAUCUUACUUUCAGCAAUGGGGAAAGGUCACUGAAUUUUGUAUUGGUCUUUUGAAACCUGUUGGCAUGGCAGGAAUGGCAGCAAAGGGGAGUCACAUUGUUCAAAGACUGGUUCCUACUAAUGGACCUUAAUGGACCUUUGCUGCUCUUCAGGGCCUUGCCUGUUCAUGAAGUUAAAGCUGGUGUUGUGUGGGGCUGCUAUUGUCAACUGUCUUCUCCACUAUGGAUACUGCUCCUCGCUCCCUGCCCAAGAACACCUUCUCAUAUGUGCCUCAUGAGUCCAGAUGACAAACUUGCAUUUGGGUUUGCACCUGCUUCUGUUUCAGAGAAAUUUCCACUCUGAAGAUCCUCUUGGCUGGAAGAGCCUCCUAGAUCUUCCUGCAUGAGGAUGACGGAAAAUGUAGGUCUGUGGCCAACUCCGAGGAAGUCACCGUAUUUUUCAGGAUGUCAAAACACCUAAUGAAGACAGAAGAAUACAAAAAGCUCAAUAAAUUACAGACCUAAAUGGUCUUAAAGGACUUAUUUAACUUUGGUGGCUGGAACCAGUCUGUUAGUUGUAGCCUGGAUGUCCCAUGCCAAAGUCACAAGAUCUCAGUGUGAGGAACAAUGCAUUUUGUGUUUUGCCUCCUUUAAAGCACCUGCAAUGUGACAGGGAGCUAAACCUGGAAUCUCCCAUGCAGGCUCUUCCAUGACCCAAACAGGAAGAUAGUCCUCUGUUACAAGUUGUCGUCCCCCUGUGGUCAGUAUAUAUGCAGACAGGCUUUGUUCUUCAUACUUGCUCAUUGCAGAACAGGAUCUUAACCUAUAUUACGGAGUAGUAAAUACAUGAAAAGGUGCCGUUAUCUGUAUGACUUGAGAUCCACAUGUGCUGUGGAUGCACAGACAAUGCAGGGAACCUCCUAUGCAGUUUAGCACUUGUGCUAAGUUGGUUGCCCAUCUGAUUUCAAGUGUUAAUUCACACUGGUGUUUUUUCAACUGUACCGUAAAUCCGCACCAUGUUUUGCUGUUAGAGGUCUGUGGCAGAGACUCUAGCCUUUUGAUUGUCUAGACAAGUAGGCAAGAGCUUUACACUUUAGAGCGGUAGUGUUAACUGUCACCAUAUAUACUCCUUGCCAAGGCUCAUGUUCCAAAAACAGACCCUGUUCUAGCCAUGGCAUCUAACAUCCUGUAUAUUAACAAGGUGAAUCAUUUGAAACAGUGAUGUCAAAUCAAUGUAACACUGAUUUAAAAACAUCUCAAGGAUGAUAAUAAUAGCAGGAAUUUUGAAAUCAGAGGCAUUCAUGUGUAAGUUCUCAUACAGAUGACACUUUUCCCAUUUCCAAAUGCAGUUUGCCGAAGGUACCAGUUAGUGUUUGCAUUUACAGAAGGUUCUGGAAGUCAGUGUUAAAGUGCCUCUACAAGUCAGUAUUUGAUACACAGGAAUUGAAAAUGUUUGAGAACAGGUACCUGAGAACACAGCUCACAUGGGACCGCUCUAACAAUGUAAUGGUGUGAGACAGCAGUAGUAAGCCAGUGUCUCCUGUGUACACCUACUUCCUCCCUACCAGUGUUCAUGGCGAGGUUCUCUCAGCACCAUCGCACCUGUCUUGACGUAGCCCCAAAUAGCCGUAAGCACACAGGAGAGAACACGGUCAUUGAUCCCGUGAUGCUCUUUCGUGAGUCUGCAGCCCUGCUUUUUCAUGUACACCGUGUUCCUGGAAGAACAUCCCCUUAAAAGGAGAUUGAGGGUUUCCAAAAACAAUAGCCUGCUCCUCUCAAACAUAUGCUGCUAAUGCCGCCAGGCUACAAAAAGUUAUCACUAAUGCUAUCACUUAGCCUGCGUGAUUACUGUUAAUACGCAGAUCCCUCAAGAUUGACGUUUCAAAAUUCCCAUCACUGCUGCCAACUCUAAAUUUCAUCCCAUUUAUUAUUUUUUAAAUCUCUUUUUACAUCGGUUCCUCAUUUUGAAAAUGUUAUUUUAAUAUUUCUAUUAGCGUUUCCUUUGCGUUCGCAUGAAAAGGAGGGUCACUCCAGGACAACACACCUCGUGUGUUAGUGUGGCAUCAGAGUCAGUGCUGGAUGCAGUCAGAAAGAAACAGGAUCGGGAAUCAGGAUAUUGGUCGACACAAAAUAAUGGCGGUUUAUUAAGAAGAUGCUACUAGAACCAAACACUUUUGUUAGAUCACAUGCGUGUUUUUUUUUUUUUUUCCCCAUUGAAUUUUCUAAAGUGGAACAAGAUGGCAGCAUUAACAAACGAACAGAACUGCUAAACCAUUAUGUUCAACAGGUUCAGCUUCUGACUGCAAAACAAUCCGAGUCCAGGUCCUCACUCUGAACCCCGUAGCAGCCAUCCGGCCCAGCCGUCACCCCACAGCUAAUGUAGGAGUAUGGGAGCAAAUUGAUGCAGAUGUCUCAUGUCAUGUUCCUCAAAGAAACAGCUCAGUGGUAAGGUGAGGAAAACACAGGUGGAACAGCUCUCUUUGCUUCUGGUGCCUUUUAGGAAGAGUCUCUUUAGGAGUUGGUACUUUUCGUCUCUUCUGUGUCCUUGGAUCUGAAUUUUUAAGGCCUCCCAUGAAACCCAGUACCUGCUGUUGAACUCAAGUUCUCCUGUGAAUCAGUGAAAGUUUGCAAGAAGGAAGGAAAGUCUUAUUUAUUUUUCAUGUGUUGCUUAAGAAAAACGUGUUGAGAUGUUGUGUGAUGAGAGGUUUGGGGGGGAGGAUCUGAAUUGUUAUUUUCCAUAUCUAACUGAUGGCAUUGCAUGUGUUUUUUGAGAGUUGUAUGUAGCUGUACAUUUUCAGGCAGGAAGCGUCCUGAGGGUCUGUGAACCCACAUUUUAUACUUGAGCACAACAGUGCCAGUGUUCCUACUUUGUGUCAUUGUUUUGAUAAACAUAUGCCUUAAUAAAA